AUCUAUCGUUACCUAUGCACUUUCACUUGUAGUAGGCGGUCAAGCUCUAGGUAUCACUACUCGACUCUUGCUUUUGAUUGUGUGGAAUUCGGAUAUUUGUUUAGUUGCAGCAUCCAGACUGUGACCACCUCUGCCUCUUCGCUCUUUUGCUGUCAAGCCGUCGUAUUUCGCAGAGGUUGUAUCACGGCAGCCGCAACAGUAGGAGAACAGCCGCAGGUACGAAGACGCACUUAUUGUAACAAGUUCCGAGGGGCGGGACGGUGAGUUGAACUCUGCGCCGGGAGCUUCUGGCUGCCACUUCUUAGCCCUAGAAGUACAGCUUGAGUUUUUGGACCCGAAGGCCGCACUUCUACUGCUACGAACGGUUUCCGCUUGUCACCGUGUAGGGCACCUGUGCUGGCACGACCAAAAGAAGAACCAGUUCCCUUCUGGAGGUUGCUGUUUUCGUUUUGACAGCCGCUCUAGCUCUUACUGUCAUCGGAAGAACAGCGCGAACAGAUGCGGGCACUUUCGCAAUGCAGACUGGAGGUGCUUUCCGUAA